CUCACAGCUGUUUCCCUUAAACGACGGCAUUUUCGUUUCAAUAUUUCUGCCCGCGCGGAAACACAAAUUGUUUUGUCGUUUUCUCAAAAAUGGCAAAUUCAGUGUACAAUUCAAUUGAAAUAACAGAUUCUGAUGAAGAGGCAAAUUUCGUGGAUCGUCCAUCGUUGGAGCCAAAAUGUUCCGAGAGUCCGCCGCCAUCAGGCGAAUCAAAAGCAAACUCAGUAAAUGAAAUUACUCCCAAGAAAGCGACACCGGCGUACUUGGAAAGGGACGCAUCUGUGACGUCGCCAUCGUCCUCGGAUAAAACAGGCACAUCGCCUGGCACAGGAGCAGACAUCAACGACAAAUCCAACGCCAAAGGGCCAGGACGUCAGAGGUCUCGAAAGAGCCAGCAUCAAACCCUUCGCAUGAGUCCCGCAGACCUACAAUUCGAAACCAUUGCAUUGGAAGAUGAAGAAUCGCGACGCGCAAAAAUGGCAAAAGUAACAGAUGAACCUCAACUGCAGCGAAAUGUGGUGGACGCCAUUUCCAAUCUGAUAGCUGGCCACGAAAUGCAGGCGCUUAUCAAGCGCAUUGCCAAGGAGCGUGUGCGUUGUAACUUUCUGUUGGCCACCUAUCAAUUGCCGGAUAUGAAUUUCGCGCUGAACACGCCGAGGAAUACGCAGCGUUAUCAAUUUCGGGAGCGUCUUAGGCAGCGCAACGAGAAGAAUUUGCCAAAUGCAGCUACAACAACAACAACAACAUCGCGCCCCACAGCACCGCCCACUGCCACUGCCAACGCCAACGCCAACAAAGGGACAACCAGCAAGGGAAUCGUAAGAGCCAGACAGCCUCAGUCGUAGCCCAUAGAAGUUUAUUUAAUUUUUACGUGUUGGGAAAAUCGAAUGUCAAUAACUGAACUAAUAUAGUCUUAAAAUUCA